AAAGUCUGGAGAUUCUUCUCUGCAUCAGCUGCGCCUCCGCGGAAGAUCUAAAUAAAUAGUAAUCCUCGGAGAAGGGAUCCGAGGAUCUCUCUCCGCGAAUCGAUCCUCUCAGCCGUCGGCCGGUGAAUAUCACGGCGCGAGCGGCAACGGUCGUGGGUUGGAUGGUGCCGCGAGGAUUAACCCUCGGCAGGACGACGACACGGGAGCCGGAGCCGGAGCCGGAGCCGGAGCAGCUACGCUUUUACGACUCUCCGCCGCCACGGAUGGACGCGAGCGUGUGCUGUCUGCCCGCCGGUGCCGCGGCCACCACGGGGGUUACGCAGCACCCUCAUCCGGCGUCUCUGCCCGGUUUACCGUCCGCCGUCGGCGUCCAGCCGCCGACGAUCCAGCCGUCCUACGCCGCUCAGUACGCCGCCGAUCAGAUAGUGCCCGAUCGGGCCCAACCCGACGGACCCCUCGCGACGGUACUCGGAUGCAACGCGCAGGACAGCUGGCAGCAGAUCUCGUCGACGGCGUCCACCGGGAUCACCGGAGCUGUCACCGCCACUACCACCGCCUACAUCGACUACUCGUGGCUUCAGAUGCAGCAGACGUCGGACCUGGACACUUUGCUGUGCAGGCAGGAUCUCGAUCGUCUGCAAAGGUUGGACGAGGAUGAAUCGGACGCGAGAGAUGCGCGGGAGCCGUCCGUGCACAUGGAGGACUUCUUCGAGGUCGGCGGACCUACGGCGAUGUGCCGACCACCACAGGCCAGUUUCGUUUCCUCCAGGAGUCAGCCGGCGGGCGCCGGUCAGGACGACGACGUCUUCCUCAGGCCACCGCUCUGGGAGGAUAUCACGUCGAGUAUCCAAAAAUUGGAUCCGGAAAACGCGGAUAUGUUGGGCUCGCAGUCUCACAUAAAAAUGGAGACUGACGAUGUGACACCGCCGCCAGUUCUCUCCCCGGUGGAGAUCAAGACGGAACCGUUACCGCCACCGCCGACCUUGCAUCUCCUCGAGGGACCGGCCACAAAUCCCUCACAGAAUCCCUUUCCAAAUCCUUCUAGUGUUCAGCACGUCGUACACCAUCGGACGACGACGACGACAACGGCGACAACGGCGGCGCUUUUCAAGAGCUUUCCCAACAGCAACAACAAUAAUAAUAAUAAUAACAACAGCAGGACUGUUAAUAGUAAUAACACGAGCGGGAGUAACGCCGGUAGCAAUAACGAUAACGGCAACGGUGCUAACAGCAACAACAGCAACAACAACGGCGGUAGCAAUAGCGAUUCGUCAACGACCAGUCAUCAUCAGCCGAGCGGCAACGCGACAUCGCCGCUCUACGGCUCGAUGACGAGGCUGAUGUAUAUUUCGCCGCUGACGCCACCGAUCUCCGAUCCCAGCUCACCCAUCGGCGCCGGUCCACCUAGGCGGACACCGCCACCCCCGUAUCCUCAACCGGGCCCAAUUCUGAAUCCGGCCCACAGGAUCCAACCGCCGUCGAUGUCGACCAAGUUCAACAGGCGGAAUAAUCCGGAGUUGGAGAAACGCCGGGUGCAUCACUGCGACUUCAUAGGUUGUACGAAAGUCUACACAAAGAGUUCGCACCUAAAGGCCCAUCAGCGGAUACACACGGGCGAGAAACCGUAUCAGUGUCAAUGGCCGGAAUGCGAGUGGCGAUUCGCCAGGAGCGACGAAUUGACGCGGCAUUACCGCAAGCACACCGGGGCUAAGCCCUUUAAAUGCGCGGUCUGCGAGCGCUCCUUCGCCAGGAGCGAUCAUCUCGCGCUGCACAUGAAGCGGCACCUCCCGAAGCAGCACACCAAGUGAAGAGAGUACGAGAGUAUGGACAGAGAAAGAGAGAGAGAGAGAGAGAUCUUCUCUUUGCUUCCCGUUCGUUCUCGACUACCUGUGUUGGACGCGCGCUGCGUGGUUUUCGCCAUUCAGACUUCGAGGCGCGGAGCUUUACGAAACUGUUAGUUGGAGAGCAUCGAGAGUUUAGAAACGUGUAGAAAUUAUUAAAAAAAAGAAAACUGUUUCUCACGGAUAUUAUCGUAAUUUCUAAAUGGAGCGAUAUCUAUGACAUUAUAUUGCAAAUAUUCUACGUUCAGCGGAAAAAGCAGCUUUGCAACUAUUGUAAGAUUCUUCGAUAUGAUUGAUAUACUUUUAGAUCCAGUGAGGGAUCUAAGGGCAAAAUCAAUCAUAUUAGAGAAUUUUAUAAUAAUUGUAAAGCUCUGCUUUUUCUUCCGAAUGCAGCCAUUGCAUGUAUUUACAUUUUUCCAUACGUCAUCCCAUUUUUGUAAAGUCACAAAUUUAGCGGAUCUUUUCAAACUGACUUUCGAUCCGCGGAAGCACCUUCGACUCACGUUCGUUUACGCAAUCAUCGAUGCAAUUGAAUUCGCUGCAUCGUCCUCGAUACGAUUAUUCCGCUAUAGUUUCGGAGUCGGCUGUAGGCCCGAUCGUCGAUCCCGAUUCGCAAUAUAUAUAUAUAUCAGGGAAGCAUCGAACGCUCGAAGCGUCUCGAACGAAGCCGUCUCGACUCGAUCGCUUCGGUUACGCUCACUACUGUUCGGUUAAGCAGUCAUGACGAAAUACAUCCUCGGUGUGGGUGGUGAUCGCGAGGAAAUAUU